GUUCAGGGACUUUAAAUAAGGGAUUAGAAGAAUGGGAACGCCAUUGCUAAAAAUGGUGGGAAUUUGCACCUGCAAAGCUCUUUUCACUUGGCUAAUUCUACACCGUCUUCUCUAACCCUUUUGGAAAAUUACAAUUCCAACGUCUUUGUCCAACUCACAGACUUGAGUCUCCCCUCCCAUCUCUCCUUUCUUUUAUGAUUUCACCUAAGCUUUAGGCCUAUCCUCCUAUAAACACUUUGGUUUUCUUUGGGAUUCGUGAUUUUCCGAAAGCUCAUUUCGCCGGAACUGUUACCAAUACCUCAGGCACGUAAUCUAAACAGCCAGAAGGUACAGUUUGAAGGUAGAAGUGAAGUGUUUAAGUUUGAAGAAUGGGAAGAGGAAAGAUCGAGAUCAAGAGGAUCGAAAACACCACAAAUCGUCAGGUUACCUUCUGCAAACGCAGGAAUGGACUGCUCAAGAAAGCUUACGAACUUUCAGUCCUUUGUGACGCUGAAGUUGCUCUCAUUGUCUUCUCCACCCGAGGCCGCCUCUACGAGUACUCCAACAACAACAUAAGGUCAACAAUAGAGAGGUACAAGAAGGCUUGUUCAGAUACUUCUAACACAAACACUGUUACUGAAAUCAAUGCUCAGUAUUAUCAGCAAGAAUCAGCCAAGUUGAGACAGCAGAUUCAAAUGUUGCAGAACAGCAGCAGGCACCUAAUGGGAGAUUCCUUGAGUACCUUAACUGUGAAAGAGUUAAAGCAGGUCGAAAACAGGCUUGAACGAGGAAUUACUAGGAUCAGGUCCAAGAAGCACGAAAUGCUGCUAGCUGAAAUAGAGUAUUUGCAAAAAAGGGAAAUUGAACUGGAAAACGAAAGCGUUUGUCUCCGAACCAAGAUUGCAGAAGUAGAGAGGUUUCAGCGCAACAUGGUUACUGGACCCGAGCUUAAUGCCAUUCAAGCUUUAGCUUCUCGCAAUUUCUUUAGCCCCAAUGUGAUGGAGCCUCCAACUGCUUACUCCGACAAGAAGAUUCUCCAUCUUGGGUAGCAAGAGAGGGUUGGAGAAAACAAAUAUGGGAAAUGGUGUUUCCAAUAUAUGAUUAGUAUAUUAUAUGAAGUUAAAUAAAAAAAAACAUGCAUUUACAACUAUUCUGAAGUUGGUGUGAUGUAAAACUCUUUACUUUAUUGUGCGAUUGCUUUUGGAGUAUAACUGAAACAAUUAUAAAU